GGACAGACAGACAGACGUCCUACCUCUCUGGAUGGCCCAUGGCUUUUAUGCCUAUUCCAUGGAAGCUUCGUGCCCACCCGUGUCCCAACAUCCUGGAGAAGAAGUUGUGGUUUACAUUCCAAAGCAGCGUGUUGGUCUGGUGAAGAGGGGCUCCUACACUACUGAAUCCCUGACGCUGAAAAAUAUUGUGGCAGGACAGGCCAUCAGCAUCACUGUGACCGAGAACAAACAGUUUGUCAUGGUUAAUAUCCCUGCAAAUGAUGUACUAAGACAACAGGACUGCAGUGUUACAGGAGAUCCAAUCCAGAGAGUUCAGGCAUACUACAGCAUUGACCUGGUCCUGCAGUUUGCUGAAAUAGCAUAUCCCAUGAACUGGACGCUGGAAAAUUAUUACGAAUGUAUAGGCCUGCCUUCAAAAACAGCCAACAGAUCGGUGGACCUUGCAGCAAAUAUAACUGUGAAUAAGACAUGGGUGGACCAACAAAGUCUGUCAGUGGCAACAACACCAAACCCAGCAUCUAAAUUCCCUUCACCUACAAACCCAACUUUGUUUUCUAUCUACACUCAUGAAAUGCAAUACAGGCAAAAUCCUGUAACAUCAGAUUCUACUCUGGACUCUCGGACUAUCACCGAUAAUAGUAAAAUACAUUUACUUAAUAGAGUUUCUGUGAAACCAACAGAAAUGAGCCCCAAACAUUCCGUGGAAGGCACCGAUAUUGACACCAGUGGAUCAGGGGAUUAUUCUGAGUCCCAACUUUAUGAGAACACAAAUUUGGAGUCUUCUGACUUAGGAAGUGGAACCCAAGAACACUACCCCGAUAGUCUUCUCUUGAACAGGCAAAUUAAAAGCAAACGCUUGCUGGAAUUGCCAAGAUCUCUUGAAAUACCAACAGGCUCAUUUUUAUCCGCUCAAACUACAGGAAAAAAUAUGACUAUUUCAAUCAACAAUACCAAUCCCGGGAAAGCAACCCAUUUCCCGUCAGAGAUGAAACACAAGGUUUCUUCACCAGUUGGAGAACACGAGGGACUAGAGAACAUUGAUUUUAGGCCUAAUACACUUACCGACAAUCUUAGUAAUUCUAGUACAACAUUUACCCAACAUAAGGUGUCCAAAAAUAUUACUGACAUUAAAAGGUCUAGUUUAUCUCAAAGGCCAAUGAGUGGUGCAGUCUCCUCGGAGAUGCUUCCUCGUGACACACAAACGGAUCUAGAUGAGAGAGAAAAAGAUGGACUCUUAUGGCUUUCCCCCAGAGGUCAUCAAAUUAAGAAAGAAGAAGAGGAGAUUAAAGUAACAGUAAAUGUUUCCGGUCAUGAAAAAGCACAACAUCCGAUGUCCAUCCCAACAGUAAAAGGUCCAAAUAGGCAACCCAAGGAUGCACAGUUCUCAUCGGAGGCCAAUACUGGACACCACCAAUCUCCGUCGGAUAAUCAGCCCAAGAAUCCUCAAUAUUCUGUUGUUUGGUCAACAUCUAGUCUUCACACUGAGGAGAUAUUAAACAAGACGACCAGUGAAAUAGAAAUGACUGUUUCUGAUGAGCAGCUUUUGUUAGCAGCAUUAGGAUAGUCAAAUUAUCAUUUUUUAAGCUUAUUUUGAAGGGUUUCUAAUGCCUCGUUUCCACUGAGCGGGUUGGUUCGGUAUGGUACGCUAUCUUGAGUGUUUCCAUUAUGAAAGCGGACCAUACAACCGUACCAUACCGAACCAUUCAGGGUCCUGCUUCAGUUGUGGGGCCAUAUAAAAUGGUACGGUUUGGUUAGGGCGGAGCUACAAUACAUCCCACUGAUUGGCGGACACGCUAAUCAUGUUUACUAAACCCAAUACGGCCCCUGACAGUCCGACUCAGAGGCCGCUCUCUAAUUAGGCAACUGAAGCCUCGUACACACGGCUGAGGAACUCGA